AUUGAAUUAGUCCCCAGAACACGAAUCCCACUCAAGAAACUCCCUCUCUGUCUCUUUCAUGCAUUCGACGCGUCCCACAGUUGAUCAUCUCUUCCUUCACAACCAUCGAAGUCCUCUUCUUCUUCUUCUUCCUGUACCAUUAUCUGCAGUUCCUUCUGAUAGAGAAGAGCAAAAAGAGAGAAAAGAGCAUCAUGGCAGGAAGGCCACUUCCCGCCUUCUUCUUGCCUCUGCUGGUGUUGGUGCUGUCCACCGCCUCUGUGACCUCCCGCUUCGUGGUGGAGAAGAGCAGCAUCAGCGUUGUGGCCCCUGACCACCUCCGAGGGAAGCACGACGGCGCCAUCGCCAACUUCGGCGUCCCCCACUAUGGCGCCCGCUUCAGCGGCAUCCUCUUCUACCCCUCCACCUACUCUUCCUCCAACAUGGGCUGCGACCCUUUCACCUCCCCAUUCAAGCCCCCAGCCUCCUCCUCCAACCGCCCCCUGAUUGUCCUCAUCGACCGAGGCGGCUGCUUGUUCGCCCUCAAGGUCUGGAACGCACAGCAGGCAGGCGCCAAGGCCGUCCUCGUCGCCGACGACCGGGACGAGCCCCUCAUCACCAUGGACGCCCCCAACGAGGAGACAGAAGCCCAAGCCUACGUCGAGAAAAUCGAUAUUCCCUCCGCCAUGAUCGAGCACUCCUUGGGCGAGGAACUCAAGCAAGCCCUGGCUAAAGGGGAGGAUGUUGUGAUCCAAAUGGAUUGGAGCGGCUCCAUGCCGAACCCCGACAGCCGAGUCGAGUACGAACUCUGGACUAACAGCAACGACGAAUGCGGAAUCAGGUGCGACGAGCAGAUGGAGUUCGUGAAGAACUUCAGGGGCCACGCCCAGCUGAUGGAGAAGGGCGGCUUCACUCUGUUCACCCCUCAUUACAUCACCUGGUAUUGCCCUCCGGCGUAUAUUACCAGCAGCCAGUGCAAGUCUCAGUGCAUCAAUAAUGGCAGAUACUGUGCACCCGAUCCCGAGAUGGAUUUUGAUCGUGGGUACGAAGGGAAGGACGUGCUUCUGGAGAAUCUGAGGCAGCUGUGCGUUCACAGAGUCGCUAACGAGAGCAACAGGGCCUGGGUGUGGUGGGACUACGUCACGGAUUUUCACAUCAGGUGUCGUAUGAGGGAGAAGAAGUAUAAUCAGGAAUGUGCAGAGCAAGUGAUCGCUGCUCUAAACUUGCCAGUUGAUAAGAUUCAAAAGUGCAUGGGAGACCCAAAUGCCGAUGCCCAGAAUCCUGUUCUAGAGAUGGAACAGAAACUUCAGGUUGGCCAAGGUUCACGUGGGGACGUUACUAUCUUGCCCACAUUGGUCAUUAAUAACGUGCAAUAUCGAGGAAAAUUAGAGAGAACUGCUAUUUUGGAAGCUAUCUGUGCCGGAUUUCAAGAGUCAACAGAGCCUCAAAUUUGUCUGACUCAAGACAUUGAAACAAAUGAAUGUCUUGAAAACUAUGGUGGAUGUUGGCAUGACACAAAGACAAAUAUAAGUGCCUGCAAGGACACUUUCAGGGGGAGGGUCUGCCAGUGCCCAUCAGUGAACGGCGUUCAGUAUCAGGGGGAUGGUUAUACAAAUUGCGAAGCUGUUGGCCCUGGAAGGUGUGCAGUAAAUAAUGGAGGCUGCUGGUCUGAGACCAGAAAUGCACAGACAUUUUCAGCAUGCUCAGGGUCUGAGCUCGCAGGCUGCAAAUGUCCACAAGGGUUCAUUGGUGAUGGUCAUACCUGUGACGAUAUUGAUGAAUGUAAAGAACAUCUUGCAUGCAAGUGUGAUGGUUGCCGUUGCAAGAACAAAUGGGGUGGAUAUGAUUGCAGUUGUGGUGGUGGGCUUGUGUAUAUAAAAGAGCAGGACACAUGUAUUGCUAGAAGUGCUUCACGGUUUGGGUGGUUUAUAUUACUGUUGGUUUUAUCUGGUUUUGUUGGUAUCAGUGUCGCUGGUUACGUAUUCUACAAAUACAGGCUUCGGUCAUACAUGGACGGUGAGAUUAUGGCAAUCAUGUCUCAGUACAUGCCGCUAGAUAACCAUAAUAAUGAAGCUGAACCUCUGCGAGAAACUUCUGUGUAAAGAGUGUUUCCAUAUUGCAAAAUAGGGGCUUCUCAUAGUUAUGCAAGGAAGUGACAACGAGGUAGAUGUCAGAAAUUGCGGCCAUGCUGAACAUACAAAGUCUGUUGUUCUGGUCUUCCUCUCCUACUGGAGUCAAUUGUUGUUACAUUCUCACCAUGCAUACCAACUUUACAACCUGUUCAUUGGAAAUUCAUUUUCCACAGAGAUCUCAAUAAACAGUAUCAUAUAACGAGAGAAAGUAUAAGUCAUGUAUCUGGUCCUUUACUGUGAUGCUAAAUAUAUGUAUCCGAUAUAUCCUUUGUUACAUUAACAUGGUACAUCCAAAGUAUGGGCCAAGAAACAUGAGGCUUCACUGCCCAGCGAAUGUAAUUUAUUUUUAGGAGUUAUUUUUCUUUUAAAUGCCCAAGAAAGGAGAAAUAAGCCGAUUUAGCAAA